AUCAUUGUAUUGGCGUUUGAAUGUAUAAUUCUUAAGCAUACACGUAACUGGGUUCUAUUUGAUCUUUAUUUGGGGCCCUAGGUUGGAUGUGUUUGGAAAAACGCUAAAAAGCUGCGCUCAGUUAGGAAUCAUGGGAGAAGAUUUCUUGUCCCUCGAUACAAAAUCGCAGAUACCUCCGUUGUGCAAUUUUGAGACUAUGAAGAAUCGUAUCGGUACUAGUGUAAGGGUCAUUGGACAAAUUCUUUCAUCGGAAAGCAACAGCCUAGUGCUUCAGACGUCAGAUGGUGCAAAGAUAUCUUGUAUAUUUCCCCAAGAUGCGGCGGCAGGUCUCUCAGGAAUUGUGGAGUUAUAUGCCGUUGUAGCGUCCGAUGAUAGGCAACGUGGGCAUGGCAUAUAUCUUCAGCAGUACGGAGAUAUACACAAAUGGGAAGAUGAAAUCGAUAUGUCCUAUAUAAAUAAGGUAAUUGUCCUUUCGGGUGACCCAAGAUUCGCCAAGUAUAUGGCAAUUUCCACUGCAAUCCCAGAAGGGAUUAAUGGGACAACAACAUAAUGAUAUUAUCUAGGC